AUGGUAAACUUUGCAGCCAAGAUUCCCGCCGUUGUCUUGUGCAUUUGCGUUUUCAUUACCAAUUUCCUCUUGGGCUUCCUACUCAUGAGUUGCUACACUUCCACUGAAGCUUAUUCCAGCCUAUUCUUGACCAGAUAUCAGUUCAACAAAAAGGAGAUGCUGAUUGUUUCUUUCAACGGAACUGAAACCACCGAACUGGAUUUAUCGCUGUUCACCCUUUCAAUUGGAUACUUGAGUUUCUGUGUUUCCUAUGAUGGCCUGGUAUCGUGUACGACAUUUGAUAACUUGGGAAAGUUGAAGACCUAUCCAAUUAUUAGCGUUGAUACAGGUGAUAAAAACACCACAAUUGACUUGGUCAAAUUAGCAAGAAAAUUCAACAAUAUAUGCUAUCCAUAUGUACUUAUGUCAGCUAUGAUAAUGGCACUCGCAUGUUUGGCACUUAACGCUUGGAUCCUGGUUCCACUUUUGCCAGGAAAACUUCUUGUUAGGAAGAUGAUUGUGGGUGUCUCAGGUAUUGAUGCCAUGGUGUGGGGAGUUGGGUCAAUGUUGCAGCAUCAAGCAACUAAAGCUAACCAGGCGCUUGUGCCAUCUGCGUCGAUGAAGUUGGUACAAGUAAAAACCGGCAUCAGGGCUGAAGCUGUCACAUGGACGGCUUUCUCAUUUUUAGUAGUAAUUGCUCUUGGAAAUGGAGUUUUAUUGUUGAGAGAGUUAAGAAACCAACUCAAAGCUACCUCAAAACUUUAUUGA